AUGGAUGAAGCUGUGGAAAGAAGCUCCACCCCAGUAACACCAAGCCCACCGAUUUCAGCCCCUCCGUCACAGUUUCACUCCCCAUCUUUGUCUCGAUCCCCGCUCCUGGCGGCCGAUGACCACCCACAAACCGAAAUCACAGGCAAAACCACCCCGAAAGCUUCUCGAACUCCACGGUUCAUUACUCCUUUGGGGAGCCCGAUCCGGCGGGCUCUCCACCUUACAAAGCUUGACCCUCAAGAUGCUUGGCUCCCAAUCACCGAGUCCAGAAACGGGAAUGCAUACUACGCUGCCUUUCACACCCUAUGUUCUGGGAUUGGGAUUCAAGCCCUUGUGCUUCCUGUUGCCUUCACUAUUCUAGGGUGGACAUGGGGAAUCAUAAGCUUGACUCUAGCAUUCAUAUGGCAACUUUACACCCUAUACUUGCUGGUGGAACUCCAUGAAUCAACUGAAACCGGCCUGCGCUACAGCAGAUAUAUGCAACUUUGUGGUGCAACUUUUGGUGACAAGCUUAUGAAGUUGUUAGCUGGAUUUCCAAUCCUUUACCUAUCAGCAGGCACAUGCGUGGCCCUGAUCAUCAUCGGAGGAUCGACGUCUAAGAUGUUCUUUCAGAUUGUGUGCGGGGCCACGUGCGCGGCAGAUCCGCCACUAACAACCGUAGAGUGGUACUUGGUGUUUACAUCAGCCGCAGUUCUUUUGUCUCAGCUGCCCAGCUUGAACUCCAUUGCUGGGGUGUCAUUGAUAGGUGCUAUCACGGCUAUCGGGUAUUGCACGCUAAUAUGGGUGCUGUCAGUGGCCAAGGGAAGGCUGCCCAAUGUGUCCUACAAUCCAGUGCAAGCAAAGACACAAAUUGCUCAGGUUUUUAGCGUCCUAAAUGCACUUGGAAUUGUUGCUUUUGCUUUCAGAGGCCACAAUCUUAUACUUGAGAUUCAGGCCACUAUGCCUUCAAGCGAAAAGCAUCCAUCACGAGUGCCAAUGUGGAAGGGUGUAAAACUUGCAUAUCUACUGAUAGCAAUGUGCUUAUUCCCCCUUUCAAUAGGAGGUUAUUGGGCAUACGGUCAAAUGAUACCAGAAAACGGGGGCAUGCUAACGGCCUUGUACUCGUUCCACGGGCAUGACACGUCGCAAUUUAUUAUAGGACUAACAAGCUUGUUCGUCAUAAUUAGUGCCGUGAGCUCGUUCCAAAUCUACGGCAUGCCAACGUUUGAUGUCAUGGAGUCCAUGUACACUAGGAGGAAGAAGCAGGCAUGCCCGUGGUGGCUCCGGGUAAUUUUCCGAGCAAAGUUUGGAUACAUCAUGUUCUUUGUGGCGGUGGCCCUGCCGUUCUUGGGAAGCCUGGCAGGUCUAAUCGGAGGGAUCGCGUUGCCAGUGACCUUAGCUUAUCCAUGUUUUAUGUGGCUCAAGAUUAAGAAGCCCAAGAUGUACAGCCUAAGAUGGUGGCUUAACUUGGGACUAGGGGUCCUUGGAAUGGCAUUAAGUGGGGUUGUGACAGCAGCUGGAGUGUAUGUUGUAAUUGAAACUGGUGUUAAGGUGAAUUUCUUCAAGCCUCAGUAAUAUUUGGCUGUAAGAAAUAAAAGCCUCGGUAAAAAAACAUCAUGUAUUUGUAACUGUAAUGCUUUUGCAACUGUUGAAAUAGCAUUAUUGGGCCGAUUUGGACCUGGGUUGUUCAUUACUCAAA